GUUCGCCAUAGUCACAUGGUGUGGAUUUCCGCUUUGACACAUUUGCUUUCAGCAGCACAGCAGGGCAGGGACACACCACAUACGACACAUGCAGAGUUACUGUACGGAACUAUCUGUAGCAGAGCUGCAAUAUGGUGCUGUGAAGAGAGAGCGCUCCACUCAACCAUGCAAUCCACCACGAACCUCAACAGGCUCCUGCGACAGAGCAGGCAGAACAGUUACAUUAUGGAGGGCUCUCUGAGGAAGAAGGGUCGUCUGUGGUAUCAUCGCUCUCUGAAGGAACCCCAUAACAAAACCAGUCAGAAUGGGGGGGCUACUCCCGGGACUCUGCCAAGAGGCUGGAAACAGUCCAAUAGAGCCCGCUCAAACUCCUUAGUGGAUUACACUGACCCUCAGAGGACUACCAUUAUGUUACAAAAGCAAGACAAUGAGACUUUUGGAUUUGAAAUUCAGACGUAUGGCAUUCAGCUGAAGAAAAGCAUGGCGGUGGAGAUGUGCACGUUUGUGUGCAAGGUGCAGGAGGACAGCUCAGCUGAGAGUGCAGGUCUGACCGCCGGUGAUGUUAUCGUCACUAUCAAUGGGGUCAGCAUUGAGGGGUCAAGCCAUCAGGGCAUCGUUGACCUGAUUCGAGAAUCCAACAACCUAUUACGGAUGGAGACGGUGUGUGGGACGGUGGUGAAGAGGAUUGAACUGGAGAAGAAGAUGAGCUUGCUCAAGCAAACCCUGAGAGAGAAAAGGGUGGAGUUGCAAGCGCUCACAUUACAGGAAAAAUGUCUUACGCGAGGUAACCUGAAUGACAGUUCUCUACACCCCUCUAUGGACUCCCUGAUGUCUCCAAUGUCUCUGUCAGGACACAGUGGCCACCGCGGCCACCGCUUCUCCAGUGACAGUAGCUGCCAGAGUGGGAUGACGGAGGACAGUGACCUGGCCAGUGUGUUUGGCGACCUGGGCUCCCCGAGCCCCUGCAGUGUGGCCAGUCCAGACGAUAGUUGCUUCUUCUCCAGAGACUUCACCGAGGAGGGGCCCCUCAGGCCCCCAGCCAGCCUCAGCCGUACCCGCAGCGGUAGCCUGUCCAGCCGCAGUAGUUCCCUCUCCUCCCCCUCCCCCACAUGGGAUGCCUCCAGAGUCUCCUCCCUGUUUGGGACUCUCCCCAGGAAGGCCAGAAGAGCCAGCAUCCGCAAACACAUCCUGAAGUUCAUCCCUGGAUUCAACCACUCAGUGGAGGAGGAGGACACCUGAACUGAGCUAUGAACGAACACUACAGUACGUCUUUGUGUGAUUUGACGUUCAAUACAAACAUUUCUCGCUGAGACAGUCCUAAUAUGGAUACCAUACCUGGACUCGGGAAGAGACACAUACUAUAUGAGCAUUAUGGACAUGAGAAGCAUUAGGAGGAAGCAAGCAUUCUCCCUUUGAAAAAAAGCCUUCAGUUAUCUACAGAUACUGUGUGCAUGAUGGACUGCUUUGGUGUUGCACUUUCACACAACCAUUUUCAGAGGAUUUGUUCUUGACCAAAAUCCUAGAGGAAAUAGCGUCAAUUCUUAAAAUUGUAAAACUUCUUUGUAAUAAAGAAUGCAGUUAUUUGUAAUAAGGAACGCAAGAACUCAGUUCAUGUGUGUGCAGCCAAUGAAACAAAGAUUGUGCUUGCCAUUUCUAAAAUUGUGACCAUUGGAUGUAGGGUGAUAACUAAGAGAGACUAUGAAUGAAAAGGCUCGGUCUUCCUCAAUUAAACAUUUUGCUUGUAUAUCUUAAGACAUGUAUGCGUUGCAUAUUUACAUGUGAUCAAACAAGUUAUUGGACAGCAUGUCUGGCAGUUUUGUCACGUAAAAAAGUGUGAGUUCUUAGCUACGUGGUUAACUGCACAGUUCAAAACAGGAUGUGGGCAGAGAAGGUGCUACGUUCUUCACUAUUUCUGUUCCCAUUGCCACAUGUGGCUUGCUUAUGUAUCUACAACUUUCUGUCUUGAUAAACUACACAUCUGAAGUUUCCUGUAAUUCAGGACAUUUUUCAGUAACUUGGAGUGUCGUGUAAUGUAAUUUGUUUUAUGCUUGCUGUCUUCAUAUUGCUGCUUUUAUUAAGGUUCAAAGCAAAUAUGUUUUGAAAUUCUCUGAACACAAGUGACCUGUAAAAAAAUGCACAAAUAAACUGUCACUCGUCACAUAUUCUCUA